CUUCAACCGGCGCUGGCCUUGGCUGCUUCGAUCCUAAUUGUGGCCACCCAGCCGGAGCCAUGCGGACUGCGGGCCCGGGGACGUGCCUGGUGCUGCUGCUGCUUUUGGCCGGAGCUGGGGUGUCUGCUGUUUCCGUGCCCCGAGAUCCGCCGCUCUUCAACGUGAGCCUGGACGUGGCCCCGGAGCUGCGCUGGCUACCGGUGCUGCAGCACUUCGACCUGGACUUGCUGCGCGCCACCAUGGCGCACAUCCUCGGGGAUACGGUCCCCAAGUGGGUCCAUGCAGUAAUGCGAAAGGCGGUCAAGGAGCUGGAAGGCUCUCUGCCCCAGCCCUACACCGACGAGGUCCGCGGCAUGUGUGACGUCCUGAACUUCAGCCUGGCCGACUGUCUCCUCGUUAACCUGGCCUACGAGUUCACCGCAUUCUGCACCAGCAUUGUGGCUCAGGACUCCAGAGGCCACAUUUACCAUGGCCGGAAUCUGGAUUAUCCGUUUGGGGACUUCUUACGCAAGAUGACUGUGGAUGUGCAAUUCUUAAAAAGUGGGCAGAUUGCAUUCACAGGAACGACUUUUGUUGGCUAUGUGGGAUUAUGGACUGGUCAGAAGCCAUACAAGUUUACAAUUUCUGGUGACGAACGAGAUAAAGGCUGGUGGUGGGAGAAUGUGAUUGCUGCCUUUUUUCAGAGACACUCUCCAAUCAGCUGGCUUAUCCGCACUACCCUGAGUGAAUCAGAAAACUUUGAAGAAGCUGUUUACAAAUUGGCCAAGACUCCCCUUAUCGCUGGUGUGUAUUAUAUUGUUGGUGGCAUGUCUCCCCGGGAAGGAGUGGUCAUCACCAGGAAACGAAAUGGUCCAGUGGACAUUUGGCCUCUGGAUCCUUUAAAUGGAGCGUGGUUCCGAGUUGAGACAAAUUAUGACCACUGGAAGCCAGCACCUGAGAAGGAUGACCGAAGAACACCAGCCAUCAAAGCCCUUAAUGCCACGGGCCCCGCAAACCUCACCCUGGAGGCCCUCUACCAGGUUUUGUCUGUGUUUCCGGUUUAUAACAACCUCACAGUUUAUACUACGGUAAUGAGUGCUGCCAGCCCAGAGAAGUACAUGACGCGGAUCCGAAACCUGGAUUAAAAGGAAGUAAGCAGAAGAGUGAAUUCACCUGCUUUGAAAGGUGAUUUUUUAAAAAAAUGGAAUCUUGAGGAACUGCACUUUAAAAACUAAAAGUGAAAGGACUGUAUUAUUUUAUGGACCAUACAGGCUUCUUCCUUAUUAAACUUUUCAACCUUGUGAACUGGGGAGGGGGAGGAUCACUUUGGAGCUUGUUUUGGUGAAAUGGGUAACAGGCCUCUUGUAUUCGCUUCCCUUUUCGGGUUUAUCCUGCCCCUCCCCGACCUUUGUCCGUCCUGGCUUGACAGACAUAUAUUCAACUGACUCAAAGAUCGUUGGUCUCAGCAGUCGAACCACAUCCCAGCUUCUCACCAAAACGUAGCUAUGUUGUUCCACCUAAGCUUAUAAGGAAAUGAGCUCUUCGUUCAUUAUGAAGUAUUUCUGGAAGAAUCUGAGAAGAAAAGAUUCUUCUCAAAGAAAUGGAGAGCUCUCGUUGGAAUAGAGCCUGUUUGAAUAUUCGUUAGUCUGACCUUUGAUCAUGUAUUUCAUGUGAUGAGAUUCUCAUUUUUUAUAAUGUUUCUAACAUGAUGUACCUCUUUUUUCUAAAUAGCUACUUUCUUACUUUGUGAAAGCAAUAUGCAACCAAAUAAUUUCUGAUGGUCACUUAUCACUAGUUAAUAAAAUGCUGAAAAAGACGUUGGUGAGGAAAAUUAAAAUUUCCAACACA